AUGUCUUUCAAGGAAUUAAUAGAACAAAAGCACCCAACUGCAUGGAUUGAAUUCGAAGAGGGGAGGAUUGAUGAGAAGGAGCUGGCCAAAAAAUUCUUCAAAGAUGGGAGAUCUUUUGAUUUAGAAGGCCUCAAAAAUUGUAUGAAGAGAGGAUAUUCCUAUAUUGAUGGUAUCGAAGAGUUGCUUUACAAUUUAAAAGAAAAUAACUAUGAGAUGCAUGCUUUUACAAAUUAUCCCAUCUGGUACAAACUGAUUGAGGAGAAGUUAAAUAUCUCAACAUAUUUAUCUUGGACAUUUUGUUCAUGUAUGAUCGGAAAGAGGAAGCCUGAUCCUGAUUUCUAUCUGGAAGUCACAAGACAUCUUAAAGUUGAUCCAGAAAGCUGUGUUUUUAUUGACGACAGGUUGAGAAAUGUAGAAGCUGCGAUUGAAGUUGGCAUUAAUGGCCUGCAAUUCAAGAAUGCAAAUUUGCUGCGUCAAGAUCUGUCUAAGAUGGGGAUUGAUAUAUCAACAGAUGACCGCUACACAAGUCAUCACUCCAAGCUUAAAGAAGAAAGCACGUCUUGA